AUGUCGAACCCCAAGGCCAAAUUGACCGUUUUGAUCUCUGGAUCCGGAAGCAACCUUCAAGCACUGAUAGAUGCUUGCGCAAACGCAACUCUUCCCAACGCAGAAAUCAUCCGUGUCGUAUCGAACAAGAAAGCUGCCUACGGAUUAGAGCGAGCGCAAAAAGCAGAUAUUCCUACCGCCUACCACAACCUACUCGAGUACAAGAAGCGCUUCCCAGAUGCGGCCGGAUCCAAGAAGUUCGAGCAUGCCAGAAGCGAAUACGACCGUGACUUGGCCUCUCUUGUCCUCGCCGACAAGCCCGACUUGGUCGUCUGCGCCGGCUGGAUGCACAUCCUCGCUCCUACUUUCUUGGAACCUCUGAAGCAGGCGGGUGUGCCUGUCAUAAACCUCCACCCAGCACUUCCUGGCCAGUUCAACGGCGCUCACGCAAUCGACGAGGCAUACCAAGCAUUCCAGGAAGGGAAAAUCGAGAAGACUGGCAUCAUGAUCCACUACGUUAUCUUGGAGGUUGAUAUGGGAGAGCCAAUUGUCACAAGAGAGAUCCCAAUGCGAAAGGGAGAAACACAGGAUGAUCUCGAGCAAAGAAUCCAUGAGAAUGAGUGGCAGUUGAUCGUGCAAGGCACGCAAAAGGCUAUCGACACGCUCUGGAAAUCACGACAGUCUUCAUGA